AGAAGUUGGUCCAGAGCAGUUUUCUCUAACUUACAACGAAAAGGUUUGGAAAAGAGAUUUGAAGUCCAGAAAUAUGUGACGAAACCUGACAGACGACAGUUGGCCGCCAUGUUAGGCCUCACAGAUGCUCAGGUUAAAGUCUGGUUUCAGAACAGAAGAAUGAAAUGGAGA